AAAAAAAAAAAGAAAAAAAAAAAAAAAAAAAAAGGGAAAUCAUCUGUUAGACUUAAAUGGUUUGUCGAAAUGGCGGUGCCCACCAAUUUGAGCUUUUCCGUCCGAAACAUCUUGGAGCUGCCGGAGCGAUACCCAAAGACUUUGCCUGAGUCGUCGCCACCACCUUCGUCUUCCGCGCGGUCGCCCUUCGCCCCCCUCACCGCAUCGUGGAUGCUGGACUCCGACAGGAGCUCAUGUCUAUCGUGGGAUGAAGGUAGCAGCCCGGAGGCCUCCCCAGACUCCACAAAGCCGGACGCCGAGGAGUCUCUGUUGCAGCCGACCAAGAAGAGCAAGAAGCGGCGCGUCCUCUUCUCCAAGGUGCAAACACUGGAGCUGGAGCGGCGCUUUCGACAGCAACGUUACCUGUCGGGCCCGGAGCGGGAGCAGCUGGCCCGCGCCCUCAGCCUGACGCCUACCCAGGUCAAGAUCUGGUUCCAGAACCACCGCUACAAGAUGAAGAGGGGCCGGGGGGUGCAGGUGGACGACUCGGAGAUGCUCCCUCCUCCGUUGCUGCGUAGGGUGCUGGUGCCGGUGAUGCUCGGCGACGGGAAGCCCUUCUUACUGGACGGGUCGGGGGCAGGGGGCACUUCAAGCGGGCACCCGCGGACGCUCCGUUUGCCCCCGGCCGCCUACCCGGCCGUCCGGGGCCUCCCGGCGGCCCUCCCGCGGGCUCUGCCGCCCCUCCACCCCCACUUUCAAAGUCCGGUGGCGUCUGGAUUCGCCUGGACGGACUUUUGGAGUGACUCUGUUCAUUUUGCUCCUUUCAAGUGA